UGUGCAAUGUUCAAUAGGACGGGAAUAUUGUGCGGACAUGGUAUCAAAGUUCUUGAUUUGAUGAAUAUAAAGACAUUACCAACACACUAUAUCUUAAAGAGAUGGACUAGAGAAGCGCGCAAUGGAAGCAUACAAGAUAGAAAUGGAAGAAAUGUGGUAGAAAAUCCAAAGUUGGAAGCUCAACUCCGGUACAAGAAUAUAUCUCACAAAUUUCAUAGUUUGGCACGUAAAGUAGCCAACUCCGUGGAGUGUUGUUUGAUGUUAGAAAAUGCACUUGAUUGUGUUGGUCCCCAAAUCGAAGAUAAACUCAAUGCAACUAACAAUGCUAUGGAUAGGCCAUGCAAUGAUCAAGAAAAUAAUGAUCCAAAUGUGCAACAAACAAAUGAGUUUCUUAGUGCCGCAAAGCUAAAGAAAAAAGAAGUUCCGUCAAAGAAUUUGAGGAGAAAGAAAACUUGGCUUGACAAGUUACUCAAGGGGAAGCGCAAGCCAACUAGAUUUUCCGCAUCCAAAAACAAAGGAGCAAAGCAAGAAAAGAAAUAUGAUGGUGUAGAGCCUCAAGUAGGAGUGGAGAAGAAAGAUGGCAGCGGUAAAGGAGCAAAUGUGGAGCUUCAUCAGUGUAACCCGAUUAUGAGUUUCACGGAACUCUUGACAGCUCCCUCAUAUGGUGUUUAUGGUGAAGAUAUGUUCUAACUUGUCCAAGUUUGCUAGAUAGUGUAUUGGACAUGGUUGACCUUAGUAUAGUAUUUUGGACAGGGUGACUAUAGUAUUUUGGAUUUUGGGGCUAACUAUAGUCUUUUGUGGCCUAAAUGUACAAGUAGAUUGGCCAAGUUUAUGCACUUCAAGGAGUAUGUAACAGCAGAUUGUUGUGGGAUUUCGAAGUGAAAUUCCACAAAGUUUGUCUAUUGUUCAAUUUAUAUAAUGUAUGCAUCAGGACACCAAUCGUGGUCUUUUGUUUCCUGUGCUAUAAGGUUAAUGUCAUUACACUUGUUCUGCCUACUCAAUGGUUACUUCCUGAGAUUUCAUUUCCUAACCUGCAUGGUGGGUAACUGCGUUCUGAGUUUGGACUGGUUCUUAUAAGUAAAUAUCUGUCUGGUAUAUGUACUGCAAUACUUCCUUGCAGUUUGUUAUGUUACGUCAAUUGCAUGUUUUUUUUUUCCUUUAGAAACUAGCUAUCUUUGAUCUUAAUUGCUGGAACCAACAAAAUAUUGGCCUGCCUAGCACAACAUU